AUGUUGUUAAACACGGGGACAAAGGCUGCGGGCGGACGUCCAAAUCGGAAAAAAAAGCCCAUUUUUUUUUUCGGGGCGGCCUGUGGACAGGCAAUCCGUUCCGCCCACGGCCAACCCGCCGAAACACAAACUGACAAGCAGGCGGAUUACCGCUUUUUAAAGUGCUGGCAGAGCGUUUCAGCAGAUACUGCAAUGGGAAAAGGGGUUCGUGCAGCGUGGAAGAAGUCGAGAACGAUACUGCUCAUGAUGAAAGGCGAUCCCGAAAGCUUGAAUAACUACAGACCUAUCACCUUGCUGUCUCAAAUCUAUAAAACCUUCACAAGAAUAAUCCUAAAUCGCAUAGUCAGAGACCUGGAUAUGGUCAUGAGCCGAGAGCAAGCCGGUUUUCGAACUCCAUCACCUACAAGAACAUCAUUAAUGCUGAUGAGGCAAAGUGGUGGAGGUUUAAUGCAACCAUACGCCACGAGCAGUUCUUCACUGAUGAGUUCCCCAAAGAUUCCAUCAAAGGGUAGCGUCCCCAUCAUCAAAAAUGUAUUCGUGUUCACAGAUCUUGGCGGCGAUUCUGAAGAAGCGAACAUAAUUCCCGUCGAAUCUGCUCUUCAUAAUACAUUUGAUGGUGUU